AUGCCAAAAGUCGCAGCCAGCCGAAAAUCGAAGCUCGAGUCCUAUGUCAAGGAGUUCGGAAACGACAUACUCUCCACAGAUGGAAUGGUACUGCUUUGCAAAAUCUGUGAGAAAGAGGUAUGCGUUGACAAGAAGUUCCAGGUAGUGCAACACGUCAAAGGUGUCCUCCAUAAAUCAUUAGCUGAGAAGAAGAAAAGAUCUUCUUCAUCAAGCUUGGUGCAAUUGACAACACUGAAUCGCGCAUCAGGGAAGCUGUCCCAAUUCAAUAUGGAUCUUUGUGAUGCCUUUGUCUCGGCCGGGAUUCCGCUGUGGAAACUUGAGAAUGAAAAGCUCCAGAACUUCCUCCGGAAUCACGCUAGGCAAGAGGUCCCAUCUUCUUCGACUCUUCGAAAGGGCUACCUGCGAAGUAUAUACGAGGAUAAGCCGGAAUACAUCAGAAGUCGCGUCGCAGGAAAAUAUAUUUGGAUCUCGAUUGACGAGAGCACUGAUGCCGUGGGUCGAUUCAUCGCUCAAACCAUAGUCGGAACACUGGAUACCUCGGAGAGUGAAAGAUUCCUCUUGCAUGCGGAAUGUUUAGAUAAGACGAACAGUUCGACCAUUUCCCAAGCCUUCAUGAAUUCACUGAGCUUACUGUGGCCUACCGGCGUUGAGCACCAGAGAGUUCUGCUCUUCGUUACAGACGGAGCAGCCUAUAUGAAGAAAGCGGGCUCGGCUUUGAAGGUGAUUUUUCCAAAGAUGCUGCACAUCACCUGUGCGGCUCAUGCCGCUCAUCGCAUCGCUGAGGAAAUAAGAUCAAAUUUCCCCGACGUGGACAGGUUGAUCUCCAAUGGUAAAAAGAUCUUCCUAAAGUCUGCUUCCAGGGUUACGAUCUAUCACGAGCAAGCCCCUGGGAUUCCAUUGCCACCGCAGCCAGUCCUAACGAGGUGGGGCACUUGGUUGAAUGCCGCUAAUUUUUACGCUGAACACUUCGAGCGAUUCGCGGAAGUGGUUCACGCUCUCGACGCGAAUGAAGCGGCGAGCAUCAGAGAUGCACAAAACUUACUGAAAAAAGCUUCAGUAAGGGAGAAUCUGGCCUACAUCAGAGCUCAUUUCGGGUUCCUCCCUCGAGCCAUCGAGACACUCGAAGCCCAGUCAGCUCCACUUGUCGAUAGUCUCGGCAUCUUCGACGCGAUGAUCGAAGACCUCAAGAAGGCCCCUGGUGACGUUGGGCGAUGCAUCCGAGACAAAAGCGAAGCGUCUGUGGCUCGGAACGGUGGUUUGAACACCUUAAGAAAAAUCGCGAGUGUUCUCCAGGGAGACCACAGUGCAGAUGGAGUCCCUGGGUUUGGACUCAUCUGA